AUGGCUAGCUCUCGGGCGCCGCCAGCCAGCUCUGCCAUGGUGCAUGCAAGCAAGCACGGCCAGCACGACGACGACGGUGAUUCGGAUUGGGAGUAUGAGUAUUCCACUACGGAGACUGAGACGUAUUAUGUGACUUUGGAUAUCUCCAAAGCAGAUUUCAUCACGCGUCAUCAGGCUUCGGUUCCCAGUGGACGUGGCGGCUACAAGGAACAGGUACUUGGGGACGUCUUUACUCAGACCAGAAAUGCAGACGACGACAUGGGAGCCUCCGAUGAUGGUGAAGGCGAAAACGAGCAGAGGCACGACGGGUCAUCCCAGCCUGAUCCCUACGGGCUUGACGAGUUUCAAAUUUUAGAGUUGCAUUCGAGCCAUCCGUUGAUCUCCUUUCGGGGACGUGUUUACGAGGGCCAAUGGUCAAGGAAUGUUGGAACCGAGCUGCUGUUCACGCAGCACGACGAGAAGCGCCCGCUGCCCGUCUUGCGACAUCUCGAGGAUGGCAUUGACCUGCUUGCGGCCAGCUCAGCCCGGAUUAUGCUUACGGAGAAAAGCGUCAAGCCUACAAACGGCCAUCCCGGCGAACUUGUGACGGGCGGAAGACUUGAUGACGAUGAAUCGUUCUCUGGAGACCGGAACGCUGUUGUACCCGAGCCUGAUCCCGGAGCAUCAGCAGAGAGAUAUGCGCAAGGAGAUUUCUUGGCCAAGCUGAUAGCCCUUAAGAAGCGCAAGGGAGAAACCGACGACGUGACGGUCGUCGCGCGCCUGAAUGAUGCGGACAAGCGGCCUAGCAAACCGAAGCCAAAGACAUCCAAACGGAAAGCGUCUGAAGACGAGACUGCGGAGAGACCGGCUCGAGGAGGAGGUAACGGACGAGCCCGAGCGCGUGGGCGUGCUCGUGCUCGUGGUCGAGCAAGGGGCGCGGCACGUCGAUCACGUGGCCAGCGUCUUGCAGGCUCAGAGGACAGGCUUACACCUGACGUCGCUACCGAGGAUGCUGAUGAAUCUCAGUCAACUCCACGCACAUGGGCUGGCGACGAAGGGGUCACGAACGUACGAGCCAAGGGUGAUGAUCGGAGAGACGACGACGGUGUAGAGUCAGAGGAAUCCGAGGACAGCCAAGCGAGCUACGUAGACGAGGGGUCUGGAGAUGAGAUGGAUGUGGAUUGA